UCGCUCUCAGGUGCAGGAUGAGGUGCUUGCUGGGACUGACAGCAACCAACAGGGGACGCAGUUGGUAGAUGACCAGGAAGGAAGGAGCAACUACACUGGUUGCCCCAAGCAAAGGAUGGUUCAGAAAUGUGAGAAGCUAGGCAAGGUCAGGCAUGCUAAUUACAUGGAUAGGAGGCCACCAGGGAUCUCCAAGAAGGGCAAAGAAAGAAGUCUGCCUGUAAUUUUGGAGAUCUGCUGCUAGUCAAGAGUUGAUCAUACUGCUCUGGAUGGACCAGUGGUCUGACUCAACAUUAAAGCACUCCUCCAUGUUGCCAUUGUGUGUGCUGGCUACAACGCAAGUCGAGAUGUAGUUACCCUGGUGAAAUCCAUCCUCUUCCACAGCUACAGUUGUAGAUGAUGGAGAGGAGCUAUAAAACAAGCUGAGACUGGCUCAGAGAAAGCAGAUUUCGGGUUUGUUGUUCAUUUUUAUUUUUUGUCGUUUGCCGUUUAUUCUCUCCUUCCUAGUCACAGCUGCAAGGAUUCCAUGUUGCAGAGAAAAAAGGAGUCAUGGCUCAGUGCCAUCAAUGGCUACUAAUCAAGAUGGCUAUAUAUCACCUCUGGCAUUGGCAGCAGUAUUGUGCUGGGAACACAAAAUACACUUGAACUCAUGUCCUGCUGGUGGACUUCCUGUAGGGAACUGAUUGACUGCUGUGUUCUUACUAAUGUGUGGCACAGCUGAUUAAAGGAUUUUGUUUUAAAAGGCAUCAGCUGCAGCACACGACUGGGAGAAUGUCUGUUGAAAUGCUUGUCAAAUUCUUACUGUCAGUUGUUCUAUGAGUUGUUUCUUUCCUUGACAGAAAGAACCCUCUCCACUUCCAUCUCAUCACAGAUUCAGUGGCCCGACAGAUCCUGCAGACCCUCUUCCAGUCCUGGAUGGUGCCUUCAGUUUAUGUUAGCUUCUAUGACGCUGAUGACUUGAAGACAGACAUUUCCUGGAUCCCAAACAAGCACUACUCGGGAAUAUAUGGGCUGAUGAAGCUGACACUCACCAAAGCUCUUCCUUCCAACCUUUCCAAGGUUAUUGUCCUGGACACAGACAUCACCUUUGCCACUGACAUUGCUGAACUCUGGGCUGUCUUUGGGAAGUUCUCAGACAAGCAGGUGAUUGGAUUGGUGGAAAACCAAAGUGACUGGUAUCUAGGGAACCUCUGGAAGAAUCACAAACCAUGGCCAGCAUUGGGACGUGGCUUCAAUACAGGAGUUAUUCUUCUGUUGCUGGAGCGCCUUCGUCGACUUGGCUGGGAGCAGAUGUGGCGGCUGACGGCAGAACGGGAACUCAUGAGCAUGCUGUCCACAUCACUGGCAGACCAGGACAUCUUUAAUGCGGUGAUCAAACGAAGUCCCACACUAGUGUACAGGCUCCCUUGCUUCUGGAAUGUCCAGCUCUCUGAUCACACCCGUUCAGAGCAGUGCUACACAGAGGUAUCUGAUCUGAAGGUAAUUCACUGGAACUCUCCCAAGAAGUUGCGAGUGAAGAACAAGCACGUGGAGUUCUUCCGGAACCUCUACUUGACUUUCUUAGAGUAUGAUGGCAACUUGCUGCGUAGAGAGCUCUUUGGCUGUGCCAGCCUGCCCAGUGGUCAGCUCCAGCAGGCUCUAGAGGAACUGGAUGAAGAUGAUGCUUGCUAUGAUUUUCGGAGGCAGAGCCUUAUUCAGCACCGUGUGCAUCUCUUCUUUCUCCAGUAUGACUUUCCGGCCUCACCUGAUGCACCUGAUGUCACUCUCAUAGCUCAGCUGUCCAUGGACAGGUUACAGAUGCUAGAGGCCAUUUGCAAACACUGGACAGGUCCAAUUAGCCUGGCAUUGUAUAUGUCUGAUGCAGAGGCCCAGCAGUUCCUGCGUUAUGCCCAGGCCUCGGAGGUGCUGAGUAACCGCAGGAACAUUGCUUAUCACAUUGUAUACAAAGAAGGGCAGUUUUACCCAGUUAACUUCUUGCGUAAUGUAGCAUUGAAGAAUGCCCAGACGUCCCAUGUUUUCCUGACCGAUAUUGACUUCCUGCCUAUGUAUGGCCUUUAUGAUUACCUCAGGACCUCCAUUGUGCAGCUGGAACUGCCCCAAAGGAAGGCUGCAUUCAUUGUGCCUGCAUUUGAGACUCUGCAUUACCGCCUGACCUUUCCCAAAUCCAAAGCAGAACUGGUCUCCAUGCUGGACAUGGGCUCCCUCUAUACUUUCAGGUACCAUGUUUGGCCACAGGGCCAUGCACCAACAGACUAUGCCAAGUGGCGGACAGCCACAGUGCCAUAUCAAGUGGAGUGGCAGCCACACUUUGAGCCUUAUGUUGUAGUAAGGCAUGACUGCCCCCUGUAUGACCAGAGAUUUGUAGGCUUUGGCUGGAACAAAGUGUCCCACAUAAUGGAGCUUGAUGCCCAGGAAUAUGAACUUCUGGUCCUGCCCAAUGCCUUCAUGAUCCACAUGCCUCAUGCACCUAGUUUUGACAUCUCCAAAUUCCGCCGGAGUUCCAGUUACCGGGACUGCUUGAAGACCCUGAGAGAAGAGUUCCAUCAGGACUUGUCACGGAAGUAUGGUGCUGCUGCACUCAAGUACCUCACUGCUGAGAAAAAAUUGUGAAAAGCAACUUGGACACCAAAGGACUUUCUGCACAAAGGACAAGGGUCUUCCAGGAGCGAUCCAAACCUGCACCAAAGUCUCCCUCCCAGUGCUAGGCUGGUGGUGUGGCCAGUUCAGAGGAAGCACCCACUUCUCAUGGUUAUGCAUAAUAAAUGGCAAACAGAUCCAAAUUCUGCUCUCCAACUAAAUUGAAAUAAUUACCUUUGUAUGCAUUUGUUAGCUUUUGCAGAUUGCUUCCAAAUUCAGGGGAAAGUGCACUAUGAGAUGUUAGACAUGGAUCCCCACCAUUCCUGACACUUGGUCAAGAAAGGGAACUCAUAAUUCUUUAAUGGACACAGAGAUCCAUACUUUCUAAUAUGUUGCCUUUCCAUAUUGGUCCAAUGACUACUUUUCACUCUGUUUUACUAUUCCUCCAAAUUCUCUAUUCUUGUCUCUGUAGUUGCAUAUUUCAGAAAGUGUUAUCAGAGGCUGCUAGUCACGAUGUCUAAAUUUUACCUACAGCAUCAGAGAUACUCCUGUAUAUUGCUUGCUGGGGAGCAUAUGUGAGAGGACACUCACAUGCUGCCUGUUGAUUUCCCCUAGGCAUCCAGUUGGCCACUGAACAGAAUGCUAGGCUAGAGAGAGGUUUGUUCUGAUCCAGCAUGGCAUAUCUUAACAUUAUUUCCACAUUUGCCCCUUUUCCCUCGUUAUUGUCAUUUCUUUAAAAUGAAUCAGACGACAACUAAGACUAAAUUAUAGAAUUAAUUAAGUGUAAAAAAAUCAGAUAUUUUUCUAAUAGCAGAAAUGGGGGCCUCUGAAUAUUGUUCUAUCACUAUUCCGAUUCAAAAGAGACUACGUGUAUGCAUUAUAUUUCUUUGAUUUGGCAUAUUAAUUGGAAAGGAUUGGUGUGGUGUGACACUAUCAUGCUCUAUCUGGAGACCUAAAUGUUCCUUCACAAACAUUUUCUUCCUACAUGGGGAAAAAGCUAAGUCUAGUUAAAACCAUGGCUACAGGUAAGAAUGAUGUAUUUUCCCCCAACUUUGGCUAAUUACCAAGUGCCCUUGAAAAGCUUGUGAGAAAGGUGUUUUAGUGACAGCUUUGCUUCCUCCUUUCUGUACCCAGCCAUCAAAAUGCACAGAUAUACUGUCUUAAUGUGGAGAUUUGAUUAAGCUAUUAUGGCUAAUACCUCAGGUGUAAUCUUGACAUUGCACAUCAUUGCCUGGGAAAUUCUUUCCCCUUCCCUGGGAAGAAAUAUGAAGAUGUGUAGUUCUCUGAUCUACUACUCUGAUUAUCUCUUCUUAGGAGCUGGAUAAUGGCCUUGUCAUGCUGCCUUCUUCAUAAUGGUUCCUCACAUUCUCCUUUGUUUUAAUACCAGUGCCAAGCACUACACAUUUGAGCGCCACACCACCUUCCUGCAUCAGGGUUAAAGGCAGUGGCAUGCUCUAAUCAGUGAGAACCUGCUUGUAAAAGGGGCUUUCCCCCUUCAUCUAUUAGAAGGUGAGAAUGUAGAUCUGUCAUUUAAGGGUGUAUUGCCAUGUUAUUAAUGCUGCAGCUGGAUGCCUGCGCUGGGAGCAGCAUCAGCCCAGUCUUGGUUCAUAGUUAUCAAACACUGGAGCAGGGGGAGGUGAGCAUAAUAUGCAAGCACUUCCUCACUUGCUAUUUAUAUAAUUUAAAGUGAUUUUCCUAUGGAGUAAAUGAUUUGGGGUUGUUUUAGGUUUUUCAUUGGUUUCUGGUUAUCUCUUUAGACCUGGACUAUCUCCAGGGCCUCGUGCUGCUAGAGUCUGGUUUCUCCUUUGAUCUCCUGGCAUUAUGCAAGAGCUACCAAAUAUGGGACUGAAUUUUUUCUGUCCUAAGACAAGGUAGGCUCCUGUAAAUGGGAUAUUGUAAAGAAUGUGUAUAAAUGUUGCUUCCCUUUAAAAAAAAAGAAAUUAAAGUUUUUAGAGAUUGUU